AUGCGUUUAAAAACUCUUCAUCAUCAACGUCCAAUAUCUAAAGCUGAAGGUAUUGUUAUUACUGGAAAUAAAAUUGAUUUAAUAAAUGAUAUUAAAACAAAAUAUCAUCAUAAAAUUGAUUCAAUGAAUAAUGAUGGUACUAAACAAAAUACAAAUCGUUCACAAAAACACUUUGAACAAAUCCGUCAAAAUCUCGCUUCAGAUACAUCAACAGCAUCAUAUCAAGCAAUUGAAGCUACGUAUCUUAAACAUGGAAUAAUAAUUCAUAUUUUAAAAACAACACCAAUGGUAAAAGUGACAAACCAAAAUACAUCAUCUAUAUUAACGUCAAACACUAAGCCAACAUUUCGUCGCAAAGCAUUUUUAUGUAAAAAACAAAAUUGUGAUCUACAACACCGUUCAAUAAAUAUACUACAAUAUUCGAUGAAUGAUGAAACAAACUCUGAAUCGAAUCAUGCAAAAUCACUUACUGAAUUAGAGACUGCUACAUCAAUAAUGGCAGAUGACUUAGAUAAAAAUCUUAUUUUAAACGUUUCAUAUCCUGUCGAUCAAGGGCAGCACAGUUCAUUCGAUAUUCAUUCAUCAUCCAUUAUUACUAAUGAAAAGUCAGAGAUUGUCGAAGAUGAUAGAAGUCAGCUACUACUGUUAAGAGCUCAGUCAUCCGUACAGCAAGACAAAGACGAACCAACGAAACAUUUUACUAAUAUUAAAUUUAAUGAAGAAAGUGUUCAAUCACUAUCACCUAAACAACAACAACAAGUUAAAGAAGAUCCAGAUUUGGUUUACAUGUAUAAUUUAUUGAAAAAACAUACAGGAAAUAGUGUUACUGACGCUAUUCGUCGUCGAGCGGGUCUUCGUAAUACAUUUGCUGUACAUCGUCGAUUAUCUCAAAAUCUUGCUAGUGGUGAAGAAUCAAAUAACAAAAGUCAUUAUAAUAAAGUAUUAAUUCCAUAUACCCAUUCUAAUAUCGAUUUUUGUCCAACACCUACCAUUACAAAACUUCAGAGACGUAAUUAUGAUCACGAGCACCAUCAUCAAAUGAAUGUGAAUGAAUACAAAUCGUUUUCUAACAUCACACAGAAAAAAAUUGAAAAAGAUAUUGUAAAGCAUGCAUCGCGAAUAAGAACGACACAAUCGAAAGAAUAUUACUCAUUCGGUAGUAGUAAUAAUCGUUUAGCAUCAUCUUAUACAAACACUAAUACUGAUAGUCACAAACGGAUCAAUUUUAAUCAACAUCAAAAUAUUAAACAGAAAACAACAAUACAUCAGCCAUCAACACCCAUAAGUCUAGUAAGUAAAACAAUCACCAUGCAUUACAUAUCAAAGAAAUAG